AUGAUGAAAAGACCGGCAGCUUUCACAUGUCUCAGGCGGACUAUAUCCUCGGUGACGGCGGCGGCGACCUCCAAGAUCGACAUUCGCCGGCUCCGGGACGCAAAGCCCGCGGACCAGGCGGUGCUCCUCCGUCGAGCACUCGCAUCACCAACAGCCAAUAAUACCUCAAUCACAAGCCAGCUCCUCGAUUCAGUGGCGGCAGGAAGCCUGCCGGAUCUACCUGUGCGAACAUGGCUGUCCGUCGCCGAAGACCCUCGGGUCACUGUCGCCGUUGUUUGUCAGCGGCAUAGUGUAACUCUUCGACGGCUAGCUAUGCCCGUUCUCACGGCCCAGCUUCGCGGUGAUGCCACUUUUAAACCCACGUGGGAUGCUCUCGGUGGAUCCGAGGGCAUCGUCAAGCUCAUUUCUCAGUUUAGCUUGACAGACCUACGGUUAUUUAUCAGAAGCCUCCGUGGGACAGCUCUUGCCGGGGGCCAGACACGGACGGAGCGUCAACAGAGAAUGGGAGAGUUGUUUAUGAUUCUCAAUGAUGGCAGUCGGAAUCCGGAUAAACGUCCAUUGGACAUGGAAUAUGCGCAUCUUCUGCCAAGCUGCCCAGCUGAAAUGGCUCUGGCAUGGACCGAUCAAAACAGUGCACACAAGUCUGUGCCACUUCGAUGGAGAGACUUGCUCGGGGAUAACCACAUGGUCAGAAAAUCUGUUCUGAAGCGAGUAAAAAGAGCUCAUCGAACCACAAUAACUGAGAUGCACUUUCGAAAGUCUUGCCCAGCGUCGGAGAGCAAAGUGAGUUGGGAAAAAGUCCGGCAAUCUUUGGCCCAUAGUCGAACCUUGAGGCUUCAAGUAUUUCAACUACUCGCCGCAAACAAUGACUUCCACAGCGCACCUGUUGGCAAUAUCAGGGAUAAGAUGAUCUUACCGCUUGCAAGGCAAUACAGUCGUCGACACUGUGAUCCGAAGGCUGCAUCCGAGUUUUGGUCCCUUCUAAUCGAGACUUUAGAUAAUUGCCCGGCCUUGUUUGAUUACGAAGCAAUCAACAACCAAGGGAUAUCUAGGCAUCAGAGGUCUCCAUUCAAAUAUCUUGUUCGUGCUUGGGGUCACAAUUUAGUGCCCGAUGCAGACCUUGAGGCCUAUCUCGAAGGAUUUCCUGAGAGAGAAUCAAAGCAGAUUUCAGUCGAAGUUAUGUUGAAGCAAGUUCCAAGGGACAAACGGUAUGCGUUCCUACGUUUAUUCUUCAAACACAAUCGAGGGUAUCAGCUGGACAUUGGAUCAUCUUCCAGCCGCUCAAGUGAUACGCUCAGGGAACUCAAGAUCAGUAUUGAGGUCUUCCUUCUUCUCCCCAGACCCGAAGCUAUAAAUUUGUUUGAGCGCCUUCAAGAAGCACAUCCGGGAUACGGCUACUCUGCCCUUGAGCCUUGGAAUUACAAAGAAUCCGAACUCGGGAACCUGUUUCAACUCAGUACAAACAAUGAAGAUGAGUCAUUGAAUCCGGACGGCCCAGCCCUGCGGGGAUUUCUCCUGCGGAACUUCUCACAUAGUCCUAUUCCCUGCCCUAUCGAUCCUCGCCACGUGAGAAAUCAUUUACGCGUAACGGAGCUCUCUCGUCGAAAAUCGUUAUCCCAGCAAGGGCGCACGGCAGAGGUCAGGGCAUUCUGGGCAAUUGCUGCUUGCCGGCUCUGUAUUGCCAUGGGCGAUAUUGAUGCUUACAUCAAUACAUUGAUAUGGGCGCGUCGCUUCAACAAGGACGCCAUGGUACUCAAACUUCUAUAUCAUGACCAGCAACUCCACAUACCGCCCUCGUUACGUCUUCUGUCUGUGAUGGAUGCUGGGCAUACAACAGCAGACAUUCGGGAGAAUAUUCAAAAGGCAAACAAAGUUUUGAUGACGCUUCUGGAAACAGCGGCCAUGACGGUCGAUUCCCCCUCUUUCUGUCGGUCUGAUUGGGAAUCGGUGUACCAGCUGAUUCCCAAGGUGGUUGAACUUCGCUUGAGAGACUAUCAAAAUAUGCAAAUUCAGAUGAAAUGGUCCGAUGAGCAAGUCUUUAAUGUUAUUCUACAACCAACCUUGGAUCUGAUGGUUGCAGCAGAGUCGUUGAUCCUCCGGCCUGGGAAUCAGCGCCUGGGAUUUCAAAAUCCGAAUGGGUUCCCAUUGUUUGGUAAGUUGUCAUCGACGACGGAGUUUACUCCUUUAGUAAUAAGAUUCUUGGAUUUGUUGGCAGAAAACCGGGACAGUCUCUGGGCUGGAUAUCGGACGACACUUGAUGCUGAAGCUUCGACACUUCUAACGCCAUGGCCACAGGGCCUCCCAGUUCAGUGUCUGUGGCCAGAACAUCACAUCAUUCAGGCUGGAAACGCUUCAUACUUGCAGAAGCGAGCUCAGGACGUCGUGUUUUGUGAUCCACAGGCGGCUUUGUCUCCCGCGCCGAGCUCUGCGAAAGCCCAUGCGAGCAUCGGCGUUUUCGUCGACGAUUGGAGCGUGGCGCUCCGAGUCUACGUUCAUGGUAAAAAUGGCGAUUCUGAUUACGAAACGCGGCUUAAAACGGCUUGGGAUUACGCACUCCAUCAUCUCACAGGCGAUAGAAUGUCGACAGAAGAGGCACAAAGAUUCUGGGCUCAGGUGUUUCCCUACUCCGCUUCAAUAGCCAAGGUUCUUGAUGAGGACGCUCCUCGUCGUUGUUACACGAAUAUCCCCAAACAUGAAUCCGAUGAACCAUCAAGAACAACAGAAUGGGACCCUGAUCCAACUUAUAACGCCAUAACUGCAUAUCGAAAAGAUGAGAGACGCCUCCGACCCGCGACAGUUCUCGACUGCAUGGUCAAACCCGGUUGGAAAAUGGGCACUCACUGGAUAAAGCGGAGACUGACUUGGAUGGAACCAAUUAUUCCAAAGCAUUCAAAAACUGUGCUCGACUUCUGGCAUCCGAAGUCUUUGUCAGAUUGUCCAGGGUCUGAGCUGGAUAAUCAGAUGAUGGCGGCUGUUUUGUGUCUUGACAGUACACACGGAACGAAUUGCUCUCUGUCUAAGCAGCCAGUUUCGGAAAAGAAUCAACCCUUCGACUCUAAACUAUGCUUAUCCAAAGGCUUUUACGAGAGAGAAAGCUUGAUGUUCGAUAAAAUAGUCUCAUCUCUAAGACUGAACCGCGCCCGUCUUCCUCCUCAACUUCUGGCAGGGCUGGGAAUAUCUAUCCUGCGGCGAAUUCGGGAAGAUCCAGUCAAAAUUGAGGGAGCAUACGGACUCUUCUACAUGAUUGUUCGGAUGCUGUCGGAUGGGCCACAACCCUCACUCGCCAGCCCCCUCAUCAAGGAGUUCAUCGUAGAAGUCCCCAGAGCUAGUGAUUGGCAUCAAUAUCUAUUGAGCUCUCACCACUUAAACCAGCUUGAGCCCCAAGAUGCGGAGGCUUUCAUUGAGUCGCUCUCCGGUGGUAUAGUAGAGAAGCUGAGAUUACAGAAAGCAAGAGAAGCAUCAGAAACCGGCCACACAGUCUCGGAAUCUCUUAUCCGAGUGUCAACAGUCAAAUCUGUGGAGCAACUGCUGCGAGGGAAGAGCUUCACUACCCCACAAAAAGCUGUGAAUAUCCUCGCCGAGAUACUGAGACAUAGCUCCCAUGUCGAAAUACAGGUGGCUGCGAUAAAAGCUCUCACUGGGUCACUCGCAGAGGACAAUGAAAACACAGACGUUUUACGCCUCUUGGAACAAUAUGCCGUGCCUAUCGCCUCAGCGCUCAACGAAAGGCACCCCGACGUAGAGUCGGAAUGGAAAUCAGCCAGCAACGGGGGAGAACUACCGCUUGUUGACCAUAGCCAGGAUGGCCACAUUGUGUUGGGCAUGCUCAUGCCCAGGAAACACAAGUCUUGUAGUUAUGCGCUGCUAAAGCUUGCCGCCCAGGCCCUCCGCAUAUCUAGCCAAACCAAUUCACGGUGGUUAGCCCUUUUCAUGGAGAAGUACGGAUUCGGAAAUGGAGCUUCGAUAUUGCCUCAGAUUCCAACCUGUCCCGAGAAGUUUCUAGAGUUGCUGCGACAGAAAGCUCUUCACAGCAUAUCAGUGGAAGAUUUCACCAUGAUUCGCGACUAUGUGUUGUUUUUGCUUAACCAGCCAAAGGACAUUCGAGAGUUCACUACUUACGUACAGAACAACCGAAAAUUGGCAAGUUCCAACACUGGCAGACACUGGCUUCAUUUGUGGUCUAAAACCUCUAAGGAGGCAUUAGAUUUGGGUGGAGGUUGGGCAGCAGAGAUGUUGGCGUCUUGGAGCACCACCGGCCAAAAUGAUGGCAAGACUUCAAACAUCUCGUCCAUGGCGGAAGAUUUUGUGUUGCGCAUGGCUGAGAUAGCGAUAUCACGUGGAGACUUGGCCCUUUUUGAUGAUAUUGUAUCCCGGAUACCAGCAAAUGGUCCUGAGGGAGUUCAAGGGAGUGCUGGUUCUGGCAGGGUAAUCAAGCAACUUAUUACGAGGAUUGAUGAACUCAGAACACCGGAGUGGCAAGCUGACCACCAUCGGCGACCAUUCGCGUUGCCAAAUACGUUGCAUCUGAGGUUGAGACUUUUAGAUCUCUCACAUGGCGAUUCCGGGGCUGUUUCCGCAUUCGCGGAGAUGAUUGUGCAGUUAUUACGUGAAAUCACAACAGGCGGCAGACUGUACUAUGAAGAGUUCGAGAUCAUACGGACGCAUAUUAUGGCAACAGUUCCCAAGCAAUCAGCGCAAUCGUUGGCUAUUGCUCUAGGAAGUCUUGAUAAAUUAGAUAGCCGGGCCACUCCAACCCCAGCGGAUCAUCUCCGGACCAAGCUUGCAGCAGAGCUUCUUGACUCUGACAAGUUUAACAAAGAAAACAAUAGCAAUGGUGAAGCAAAAGAAAAAAAUGGGCUGGAAAUUUGGGAAAUGCUGAAUAAAUGGAGCAUGAGCCCGAUUGAAGAGUUUAGAAACCUGGCAUGGCAGAUGAAUGUCCAAGUUCGCUAG